AUGAUAAAUUUAAAAAAAAAUUCUGAUUCAGAUAUUGAAUCCCUCAUUGAAUCUAUGUUGAGAUUAAUGGAAUAUAUGAAUGCUAAUCCAAGUUUUAAGAGGAAAAUGUUUGAAUCUUUUAAUCAUGAAGAUUUGAAUAAAAUUUAGAAAAAUUUGAAUGAUAAAAAGAAUAUCACUCUUAGAAAGAUUUCUUGUUUAUUUUUAUGUUGUAUAUUGUAGAAUGAAGAGAAUUGUGAAAGCUUUUUAAAAUUAUCUGAUUUAAUACCAGUUAAUUCAAAAAUUACCAUAAAUGGUAUUCCAGAAAAGAUUUCAAAAUAUGUUUCAUAUGAUACAAUAUUAAAAUUAAAAAAUGCUUAGUUUUAAGAAAACUCAUUAUGUUGGUAUUAUACUUAUCAAAUGGCUAAGGAAUAAUAAUCAUCUUUGUAAUUCUUUUCUUUGAAUUAUUCAGAUAUUAGAAAAUCAAUUACAGAAUUUGUUGAUCCUCUAGAUUCAAUUAUUGGAAUAGUUUAUGAAAAAUAGAGAAUGUCUAAAACAAUAGCUCUAAAUAAUGAGAUUUCUAUAAGAGAUAAAAGAAAUCAAUUAUAAAAAUUAAGUGUGUCCCCUAUUCCUAAAUAAUAGUAAAUUGGAAGUACAACUAAUAAUAAUAAUAAUGUUUCUUAAGAAAAAUAUUAAAAAAGGUAUGUAAUAUCAAAAGCCUAAUAAUUUAAUUAAACAUAUAAAUUAUAAGAUCAUUCAGCUGAAAGAAAGAGUGUUAAUUAUGAUAUUUUAAGGAAUAAAAUAUUAGAAUAAUAAAACACAAGAAAUACAAUGAUAAAUUAAAAACCUAAUAAGGAGAUUUAAUCUACAAGUAUGGAAUUGAAAUUAAGAUUACUAAAAAAUUAAUGA